AUGUUCUUUGCGAAGGGAGCUGUGAAGCUGGUUAAGGUGCAUGACUUCAUGACGUACAACGGAACCGUUACCAUCCUGCCGGGACCGCGACUGAACCUUGUCCUGGGACCAAAUGGUAUGACGCUAGGUCGUGCCGAUGACAUCAAAGCGUUCGUCAGACGAGGAAUGCACUCCUUCUGGACUGAGAUCACUCUCAGUUCUGGUGGCGAAGGACGUGACUAUGUGGUGAAGCGCACGGUUACAGUGCGUGUAGAUAGAGAACCCAACGGAGAGCGGAAGGAGCGUUCCGAAAGUAAAUGGAAGAUCAAUGGCGUCGAUGCAACAGCGAAGGAGGUCGAUAAGCUCAUUAAGCGCUUGAACAUCCAAUUCGGCAACCUCUGCCAGUUUCUACCGCAAGAUAAGGUGGCUGAGUUCGCCAAGAUGGACCAGUACGAACUGUUGGGGGCUACCUUGAUGGCCGUGGGGGAUGCGUCGCUGCACGAACAACACCAGUUACUCAUUAACCUGCGGAAGGAAGAGAGACAAGAAAUUGCGGACCUCAACACCACCACCGAACGGCUGCAAAAGCUCCAGGCCGAGCACGAUCGGCAGCGGCGCGACUAUGAACGUUUCCAGAAACGCGAGAAGCUGAUGGAAGAGGCUCGUUCCUUCCUGUCCAAAGCCAAGUGGCUGGAUGUGAUUGCGAAGAGCAGGACCGCAGAUGAGGCCAAGAAGCGGUGGGUGGAGAAGCGGGACGCCCGCAGGGCCCUGGAGGGCAAGCAGGAGGAGCAAAUACGCCCCAUCAGGGAUCGCGAGGAAGCCCUGAAGGACAUCCGGCAGAAGAAGACGUCGGCCGAGCGCCUGGCGAAGGAAGCGGAUGCGCACAUGCGGCGAUUAGCUGAUAAACUCAAUAAGCAAGACAGCGAAAUUGCCUCCCUGGCUGACGAGUUAUCCUCCCUAGACCAGCAAACUAAGGAGCGGGCGGACCAGAUUACCGCGGCACGUAUGAGGUUAGAGAGGGCGCAGGCGGAGCUGGCGAAGGCACCCGACCGACCGCCGCAGGAGCUGGUCAACCGGGCGCAUGAGUUGCGCUCCCUGAUCCAAGGCAGUCUCAGUGAGUCCAGUGAGGUGGAGGCCCAGCAGAACACCCUGACCCUCCAGAUUCAGAGUCACCAGGCGCAGAUUGGGCGAGUCCGAGGCCGUCUGGACCUGUUGAACAGCCGCAAGCACCAAAUGCUUCAGCGUCUGGGACAGGAGCACCGCAACAUUGGGGUUCUGCACCAUUUCAUAGAGCAGCACCGCACGGACGGCACGUUCCAGGGCCCCGUGUUCGGGCCCCUGGCGCUGGAGAUAUCCGUCAGGGCGGCACCCGGGAUGCCCAACAGCGUGGCGCUGCAGUACGUGGAGAACUCCUGCUGGCCAUGGCUGGGUUCCUACAUCGUCACAAACAAGCAUGACGAGAAGCUUCUAAACGACGAAGCCCGGCGUAAUGGCGUCUCGCCGACUGUGAAGAUCGUUUGCUCGUCAUACAACCCUAACGUUCCGUUCCACGUGGAGCAUCCGGCGGGUACCGCCAGCCAACAUGCCGGAUACGGCAUUCUGCAUACCUUGGACGAGCUCAUCGAAGCAGCCCCCGUCUUCAUGCAUUUGGUGGUCAAGCAGUGCAACGCCAACUACAUCUACAUCGGAACGAGUCAGACCCUGACUGCCAUGGAAGCUCUCAGCCAGGAGACGCCCAUCAGGACGGUGCUGGUGGGGAACACCCGACUGUCCAUCAUUCGCUCGCGCUACAACGCGGCCGUGCGCCCAAUAGAGAACGGCGACCUCAAGCCGCCGCGGUUGCUGGGCUCGGGUGGGGGCAGCGAGGAGGACACAGAACGGGCGGAGCUGCAGCGGGAGGAGAGCGCCCUGGCACAGGAGCGCGACCGGUUGCUUGCUGAGGCAGAGCAACUAGGUCAGCAGCUGCAGCAACACGAGCAAAAGCGGCAAGCGUGGCAGGCGGAGAUCAAGCGGCUGGAAGCGCAGUAUCAGGCCAUCCAGCGCAAGCGCACUGACCUCAUGGCCGCCGUUGCGAACGCUCAGCGGACCCUGCGGAAUAAGGAGGCCGUGCCGGACCCGGAGCUGCGACGGCCCGAGAUACGGCGCGGCAUCCACGAGAAAAUUACGCAUUUGGCGAGCCUGAGCCAGCAGGUACUGGCCGCCGCGCAAGAUCUGUGGAUGCACAUGCGGAAGUUCCAGGCGCUAGAGCUACGGUUCUACGAAGCGACCGCGCAGCUCAAUGCGCUCAAGGCAAGUCGUGACAAGCGCGAGAAGGAGCUGCAGGCGGCGCGCAAUGCAGCCCACACCGCCGAGGAGGCCUUGAAGUCCGCCAAGAGCGACUUGAAAUGCACCAUGGACAACGCCACGGAGAACUACCCACUCAGCGAAGCAGACAAGGAAGAAGUGAAACGGUUGGCGGCGGAGGGCGUGCAACCCAGCGCGCUGCGUGAGGCAUCAGAAGCGAAGGCGGCGGAGGCGGAGCAGGUGGUGUGCAACAACCAAAACGUGGCGAACGAGUUCCGCAAGCGCCAGGCGGAGAUCACGCAUCUCACGGAAAAGAUGAAGCAGCACGAGGAGCGGUGUCAGCAGCUGCGAGGGAGCAUUGAGGACGCCCAGAGCCUGUGGCUCCCAGAGAUCCGCAAUAUGGUCUCCACGAUCAACGCGUCCUUCUCCAACAACUUCAAGGAGAUCGGCUGUGCCGGGGAGGUCCGGCUGCACGAGGACGAGGACUUCGAGAAGUUUGCCAUCCAGAUUCUGGUGCAGUUUCGGGUGCAGGAGGACAUGCAGUUGCUGACCGGCACCCGGCAGAGCGGGGGCGAGCGCAGCGUCUCAACCAUCCUGUAUCUGAUCGCGCUACAGUCACAGAGCCUGCAGGGUGUCACGGCGACCCCCUUCCGCGUCGUGGACGAGAUCAACCAGGGCAUGGACCCCAUCAACGAGCGCAAGGUGUACAAACAGCUCGUGGCCGCCAGCACGGAGGAGCACACGCCGCAGUGCUUCCUGCUGACGCCCAAGCUGCUGUCUGGUUUGGAGUACACCAGCGAUAUCCAUACACACAUCAUCUACAGUAGCGCCGAAAUGGAGGCAGGGCUGCCGACGACGUUCACAACGGCUGACAUCUGCGGCUGA